CAUGGCUAGACUAGUGAAGAGAAGGACCAGGGGAGACAUGAUAGCAGGAGGAGGGGGGGGUCAACCUAUUCUCCAAAGCAUCUGAAGUCCAGACAAGGAAUAACAGAUGGAAACUGAUCAUGGAGAGAGUCAACCUAGACAUGAGGAGAAAUUUUCUGACAGUGAGAACAAUCAACCAAUGGAACAGACUACCUUCAGAAGUUGUUGGUGCUUCAUCACUGGGAGGCUUUCAAGAAGAGACUGGAUUGCCAUCUGUCAGAAAUGGUCUCAGGAGAAGGCUGGAAGAGUCAUUUCCUCCCUUCUGGACAGUUGGCAUCCUGGCCGGCUUCAUACCUUCAACAGCAGUGCGCUAUGCAUAAGAAAAUCAUGAGAGGUUUUCCUGGCAGAGAAGUUCAAGGCAUUGCUGCAGAUUAAGAUCUUCCAUUAGUACAGCGGAAAGAGGGCAAUGAAAGCCUGGCAGCCUGGAACGUCAACUCAUCUUCUGCUUGCAACUCCGAUUUUACCACCCGGAGAAAGGGCUGUGUAGGAAAAAGUCACCUGAUCCCUUUUCAGGCCGGGUUCAGGCCGGGACACAUCAUCAAAACCUCAUUGGUUGCAAUGCUCAUGGACUUUUGGAGGGCCUGGGAUAGAUGGGAUACAAGCAUUUUGUGCCAUGGAACCGGACAAGCUGCCUGGAAAUGUUCAGUGAUGAGAUUUAUCCUGCACCUCCAAGAGAAAGAACUGGCUGGUAUAGACUUCAGUGAUUCCCCAAGGGAGGUGCCCUUUUCUUGUUGCCUGAUGGCACAUUUUGUUUCUCCUGCAAAAGAAGCUCCUGGCUCAGUUGGAGCGACUAGACUUGGAUCGUCCUGGAGAAAAGUGAUGCGUGUGGUAGCUAAGAAUGGAAAACGGCACUUAAUUAAAAAAUGUUUGAAACUCCGGAUACAGAGAGAGAGAAAAUGAGUGUAUUUCUGGCCGCUAGGUGGAGCUCUAACACAACACCGGCGCCUGGAAAACGGCAGCUGAGGUGAAAGGAGUUAAAACCAGCGAGUAUUGCUAGAAAGGCUGUCGAGGCGAGAAGAGUGACAGAGGAACCGCCUCUUCCGGCUCAUCCUUCGGAGGAUGGAGAGUUGGAGGGCGGCUCUCGCGCUCUUCCCAGGGUCGAAGCAGUAGCUGGAAGAUAAAGAAGAUGCAAAGAAGAGCACUCUGGACAACAGAGAAUAAGAAGCAACAUUAAAACGCAAAACAAAUCAAUCAAAAUUUCUUUCACUUCCUCCAGAAAGUGUAAAAACUCUUCUCCUUCCUCAGCAGAUGAGAAGCAAGGGAGAGAAUAACAAGAACACACUUUUGAGCUGGAAAAAAUAGAUUAUGUGCAACUCAAGGAAACAUUACACGAGAAGUCAAGAGGGAUAAUAUUCAUGUUAAAAAAAAAAGUGGAAACAACUAGGAGUCAGUGGAAAAGAAAAGGUCCCUUGGAUAGCCAAGAUGGACAGGCAUUAAUUAAAGCCUUUGAGGAAUAAAACAGCAGUUUGACUCAAAGAACCUCCAAGUAACUUCCAUAUCUGGUGAGAGACAAGAACUCACACAGGAGAGAAACCAUAUGAGCGUCCUGAUUGUGGGAAAUGUUUCAGUCAGAAUUCCUACCUGGUACUCAUAUGGGAGAGAAACCAUAUGAGUGCCAAGAUUGUGGAAAAGGUUUCAGCUGCAAUUCCUCCUUGGUGGAACAUGAGAGAACUCAGACUGGAGAAAAAACGUAUCAGUGUCCGGAUUGUGGGGAAAGUUUCAAUCAGAAUUCCAAUCUUGUGAAACACCAGACGACACAUAGGGCAGAGAAACUGUAUGAGUGUUCAGAUUGUGGGAAAGGUUUUAGUUGCCAAUCUGAACUGGCGAAGCACCAGAGGACUCACACAGGAGAAAAACUGUAUGAGUGUCCGGAUUGUGGGAAAUGUUUCCCUCGGAAUUCCAAGCUGGUAAGACACCAGAGAACUCACACAGGAGAGAAACCAUAUGAGUGUCUACAUUGUGGGAAAAGUUUCAAUCAGAAUUCCAACCUGGUGAUACAUGAAAGAACUCACACAGGGGAAAAACCAUUCAAGUGUCUGGAUUGUGGGAAAAGUUUCAGUCAGAAUUCCUACCUGGUGAGACACCAGAGGAUACACACAGGAGAAAACCCAUAUGAAUGUCCUGAUUGUGGGAAAAGUUUCAUUCGAAAAUCCAACCUGGUUAAACAUCAGAGGACUCACACAGGAGAGAAACCAUAUAAGUGUCCAGAUUGUGGGAAAAGUUUCCGUCAGAGUUACUACCUAGUGAUACACCAGAGGACUCACACAGGAGAGAAACCAUAUGAGUGCCCAGAGUGUGGAAAAGGUUUCACUUGCUAUUCCUACCUGGUGGAACAUCAGAGGACUCACACAGGAGAGAAGCCAUAUGAGUGCCCAGAUUGUGGGAAAGGUUUCUAUCGAAAAUGUCACCUAGUGAAACAUCAGUCAACUCAUAUAGAAGAGAAACCAUAUAAAUGUCGUGAUUGUGGGGAAUGUUUCAGUCAGAAUUCCUACCUGGUGAUACACCAGAGGAUUCACAUGGAAGAGAAACCAUAUAAGUGUGUAGAUUGUGGGGAAAAUUUUAGAUGGAAUUCUGAUCUGGUGAUACACCAGAGGAUUCACACGGAAGAGAAAACAUGUAAGUGUGUAGAUUGUGGGAAAAAUUUCAGAUGGAAUUCUCAGCUGGUGAUACACCAGAGGACUCACACAGGAGAGAAGCCGUAUGAGUGUCCGGAUUGUGGGAAGGAUUUCAGUAGUAGGUCUAGCCUUAUAAAUCAUGUAAGGUUACACACAGGAGAGAAACCAUUCAAAUGCCCAGAUUGUGGAAAAUGUUUCACAUAUUAUACCAAUCUGGUGAGACACAAGAGGACUCACACUGGGGAGAAACUCUUUGAAUGUCCUUUGUGUGGGAAAAGUUUUAGUCAGAAUUGCAAGCUGGUGAGUCACCAGAGGACUCACACGGGAGAGAAACCAUUUCAAUGUCUGUACUGUGGGAAAAGUUUCAGUCAUACUUCCAACCUGCUGAGACACAAGAGGACUCACAUUAGGGAGAAACUCUUUGAGUGUCUGGAUUGUGGGAAAAGUUUCAGUCAGAAUUCCAGCCUGGUAAAGCACCAGAGGACUCACACAGGAGAGAAACCAUAUGAAUGUCUGUAUUGUGGGAAAAGUUUCAGUCAUAAUUGCAAGCUGGUGAGUCACCAGAGAACUCACACGGGAGAGAAACCAUACGAGUGUCUGUACUGUGGGAAAAGUUUCAGUCAUACUUCCAACCUGGUGAUACACCAGAGGAGUCACACGGGAGAGAAACCGUAUGAGUGUCUGUAUUGUGGGAAAAGUUUCAGGCUUAAUUCCAAGCUGAUAAUACACCAGAGAACUCACACAGGAGAGAAACCGUAUGAGUGUCUGCAUUGUGGAAAAAGAUUCAGUCAGAAUUCCAACCUGGUGAUACACGAGAGAAUUCACACAGGAGAAAAGCCAUUCAAGUGUCUAGAUUGUGGGAAAAGUUUCAGUCACAAUUCCAACCUAGUUAAACAUCAGAGGACUCACACAGGAGAGAAACCAUAUAAGUGUCCAGAUUGUGAGAAAAGUUUCAUUCGCAUUUCCAACCUGGUUAGACAUCAGAGGACUCAUACAGGAGAGAAACCAUAUAAGUGUCCAGAUUGUGGAAAAAGUUUCCGUGAGAGUUACUACCUGGUGAAACACCAGAGGAUUCACAAGGGAGAGAAACCGUAUGAGUGCCCAGAGUGUGGAAAAGGUUUCACUUGUUAUUCCUACCUGUUUAGUCAUCAGAGGACUCACACAGGGGAGAAACCAUAUGAGUGCCCAGAUUGUGGAAAGGAUUUCUCUUGGAAACGUGACAUGGUGAAACAUCAGUCUACUCACAUAGAAGAGAAAUCAUUUAAAUGUCCUGAUUGUGGGAAAUGUUUCAGUCAGAAUUCCUACCUGGUGAAACACCAGAGGAUUCACACGGAAGAGAAAACAUAUAAAUGUGUAGAUUGUGGGAAAAAUUUCAGAUGGAAUUCUCAGCUGGUGAUACACCAGAGGACUCACACAGGAGAGAAGCCGUAUGAGUGUCCGGAUUGUGGGAAAGAUCUCAGUAGUAGGACCAGCCUUAUAAAUCAUGUAAGGUUACACACAGGAGAGAAACCAUUCAAAUGCCCAGAUUGUGGAAAAUGUUUCACAUAUUAUACUACCUUUUUCAGACACAAGAAAUUACACAGGCAAAAUUUGAUGUGUGUAGAGGAAUGUUGAAUUUCAUUUCUCUUCUCUAAUUGGAAGCCCAGCUGAGAAACUAAACUUUUAAUUUCUUGCCAUAUUCUUUUUAGUCAAACGUGUUUUAGUAUCAAACAUGAGGGAGAAGAUCUGAGCUUCCUUUCUCUGGCCCAGUGUGGUCGCUCCCUUCCCAAGAGUCAAGGGGAACUGCUGUGCUGGGACAGUGAAAGCAAACUUGCAUCUGUAUUAAGUGUGUUUGCCGCCUUGAGCUAUUUCUUCACAUAAAUAUAUUAUUGGUUCAGAAAAUGUAUAUGCCAACCCAACUCAUGGUGAGUGGGUGGCUUGCAGUAAUAAAACUUUAAUACAGA